AUGCAGCCCCUGUUCGCAAAGCUCGAAGUUAUAGAUUGUUUGACAGAUUUCUUUUUUGAUUCCGUGACCUUCGAGGAGGUGGCUGUGUAUUUCACUGAGGGGGAAUGGGCACUGUUGGACCCGGGUCAGAGAGCCCUGUACAGGGACGUCAUGCUGGAGAAUUACAGGAAUGUGACCUCGCUGGGUAAGGAUUCCUGUGCUCUCAGUCUUAGAAACUGCGCAUCUUUGAAGUGCCCAGGUUUUCCAAUUUCCAAGCCCAGCGUGAUCUCCCAGCUGGACCAAGGGGAAGAGCCGUGGGUCCCUGAUCUCCAGGAGUCCCAGGCUAGAGAGAUCCAGAGAAACAUCCCCAGAGGUGAUGAGACGGUGAGUGAGAGCAAUGAAGAGAGUCCUUGUCCGGCCGGUCCUGAGCAAAUGGAACUGAAGGGGACGUUGCUGGGAAGGUGUGAAGGGGAUGAUUCCCAGAUUCCUGGGCAAGGACAAGCCCAAGAAACUCAGUGCAGGCUAGAGAAGCAGCAGGGAACCCCCCCAGGAAAGAUACUGGGUGAAUCCACUUGCCGAGGGGGAGGUUUGGAAGAACCUAAUGAACCCACGAUCCAGCCAAGAACCUACACUAAGGAGAAGCGUUUCGAAUGUGCUGAGUGCAGGAAAUGCUUUAGUUGUAAAGAACACCUUGUUAGACAUCUGAGAGUCCACACUGGAGAGACCCCGUAUCACUGCCCUGAGUGUGGGAAACAAUUCAGUGACCAAUCAAUCCUUAUUAGACAUCAGCGAACCCAUACAGGAGAGAGACCCUAUAAGUGCACUGACUGCGGGAAAAGCUUCAGUCAGAGGUCAGGCCUUAUUACACAUCAGACAGUCCACACAGGAGAGAAAUGCCAUAAAUGUCCUGACUGCGGACAAACCUUCACUCAGAGAGGGCAUGUUACUAGACAUCGGAGGACUCACACGGGUGAGAGACCCUAUGGAUGCCCAGAGUGUGGAAAAAAGUUCGCUUCCACCUCUGACCUUAUUAUACAUCAGAGAAUCCACACGGGAGAGAAACCCUAUAACUGCCCCGACUGUGGGAAAAGCUUCAGUCACAGCCAUCACCUUACUGACCAUCGGAGAAUCCACACAGGAGAGAGACCCUAUACCUGCCCCGACUGUGGGGAAAGCUUCAAAAGUAAAUCUGGCUUCAAAGUCCAUUGGAGAAGGCACACAGGAGAGUGCCCCUAUCAAUGUUCCGUCUGUGGGGAAAGGUACAAAACCAGGAACUCUCUAACAUGCCACAUGAAACACCACACAGAAUAGUGCCAGACAUUUCCCCUCCUCUCUCUGCAUCUGUAGAGAUAGGAAGAACCAUGAGGAUAAUAAACAGUUGCCCAAUGCCCUAGGGAGUCAAGUGGCACCACUAUUUACUUGUGUGCUGUGUAUCUCAGGAGGACGGAGGCACCAGGAGAGUGACAUUAUUAUUAUUACUGUAUUGCAUUAUUCUCUGACACUCUCCCAUCCCAUCCCAGGUCCCUCUGUCAUGAGGAGGCUUUUACUGAGCCAAAGGGUUUACAUGGAUUUCCUGGUCCGUUUUUAGGCAGGGGCUCAGUUCAUAUUGUUGCACACAGGGAUUAUUCUGUAAAUUGCUGCCCCAGGAGGCAUUUUCUCCCUGUUUCUGCAUGGUGGGGAGAGCAGGGGUCUGAAAUUUCUGGAUAGUUGGGUGUCAGGGGAUUGUUUAUUGUUCAUUGAAUUAUUUUCUGGGUAUUGCUCAAUUAUGUGUUUUUUCCCCAAAUAAGAUGUAAAUAAAACUUUUCUGGCAAAUCUCA